CGCCUAUAUAGGCCUAUGACAUGAAUAUUCAUGAGGUUAUAUUUGAUCGAGGUCUGCUUUGUUUUCAUUGCAUUGAUUCCCAUCAAUUUGAUUUUUCAAAAGUUAUGCUUCUGGAGGUGAUGAUGACUAAUGUGACAAGACGGUAAGAUGCCUAUCAUACGCACAUUGAAGGAAACGGGUAAUAGCUAUGAGGCUGCAAAGCAAAGAUUGCUAGAGGCUACAGCACAUCUUGAAGAUGAUGAGGGCACAGUAAUAGCAACUGGUGUCCGAGUGAAAGCAAAAAGAAAUCGGAUCAUUAGCGAUUCCUCAUCCUCCUCUUCAUCCUCCUCGGAUGACAAGCGGGAUGAUGACGAUGGCGACGAUGAUGCAGAUGAUGAUGAUGAAGAUGAAGAAGAUAUUAUAUCGCAGAAAAGACAGCGAGGCAGGGAAAGGAAACUGCUCAGGAAUCUUGAGAAGGAAAUGAAGAGGAAGCGCACGAUUGUGUCCAUCAGCCGGCCUUCCUUGUACAAACGUACUGAGAUGCACUCCAUUACACCAGCCAAACCAAAGACCAAGAAACCCAAGUCUGCUAUGUCUAUGAUCUCGGCCUUGAACGAUUACGGCGAGGAUUCAGACAGCGAUGAAGAAUCAGAAGUAGAGCUCACUAAAGAAGCACAGGAAGAGGAAGCUUUCUCCCUGUACAAGAAAGCGCUCGAGUUCCAACGCAGCGGAGAUGUCCAGAAGGCUCAAGAAACUUACAAAGACCUCCUACAAACCAGAUUCCUUUCAAAGGUCAAGGCUUCUCAGGAGGAGCGAAGGGGAGGAGUUACCAACACGGCAAUAACCCUGAAAUACUCCAGCUAUAAGAAUCUAGGUAACCUGGCGAUGGGGAAGGAUGAUACUGAUACUGCCAUGGAAAACUAUCUGGAGGCGGUCAGUUUAGACAGUACGGACGUCACCCUCUGGUACCGGAUCGGCACCGUAGCGGUCAAGCUUAGCCAGCUAGCCUUGGCCAGGGUGGCCUUUGAGCAGGGCCUAAGAUGUUCCAAGUUUCAUUGGCCUUGCCUGGACUAUCUCUGCACUGUGCUGUAUGCCAUCAACGACUAUGUCACUUGUCUGUACUACAUAGCCCAAGCACUUGAGAAGGACAAACGAUACACCAAAGGUUUUGCCCUGAGAGAUCAGAUGUACUCUGAGCAACCUUGCCUGAGACGAGAUUGCCUGGAUCUGUUCAAACACUGUGAAAAUGAUGUCUUUCACUAUGAAGUACCCAAAGAUAAACGACAAAAGAUCGUAGAUGAAGCCUUAUCACUAAGGUAUAAGAGACAGGAGCUUGCCAAAGCACCACCCUUGCCAAGGAUCAAGUUCCUUCAACCUUUGACGGAAUUAAGGUGGAAACCUCUUGGAGAAAGACUAGUUGCUUUAUAUGAUUACAUGACAUCGAAGGAUCCACCAAUGAGCCUCGUCACAAUAAUUGAUCUGGAGGAUUACAAGUCUAAAGAGACAGCAGUCAAAGUUGUUCAACCAGAGAGAGCAAAGAUGGGGCCUUCUCCUGCUCCAAUGGAUGAAGAUCCCUCCGAUCAAAACAAAGCUACAGCAUCCCCCGUGCCUGGUAGAAGGGAAGGGGAGACAGAGGACCGUCAGACACCCACAGACACCCUAGGGCACAUGGGGGAGCAGACCCCAGGACAGAUGGAUGAAGAGGCCAAAGAGGCUGAAGAACCACAGCAAGCAGAUACUGAAGAAUCUAUGGAUGUGGAUGUUGAGACGGUGCUAGAUGAGAAGAUGAAACCUGUAGAGAGCAAAACGAUGACCGAAGCUGCAGGUACAUCAGAACAGAUCGGGACCACAGUGGUAGAUGAGAAGACGAAACCUGUAGAGGGCAAAACGAUGACAGAAGGUGCGGGUACGUCAGAACAGACCCUUGGAAGCUCUGCACUGACCCUCAAACAGCUUGCUGAAGCCUUUCUGAAGAGCCGAGGAGGUCAAGAAGAAGGAACUGACCUGCCAGGGGAUGCUGCGUCUGCAUCAGCUGUAGAUAUGGAAAAAGAGCAGGAACCUCCUGACAGCACCACUGCAGUGCUAGACUCCACCCCAGCCAUGUCAGACUUGCCCAACAUGGAGCUGCAGGCAGACAGUGCAGCAGGGAGCAGCCAGGAUAGCAUCCAGCAGUCUGGUAGGGAGUCUACCAUGGGCGAAUCAUCCCAGGACAAGACGAAGAUCCAGCCUGAAGAUGCGGUUGCGAUGGAUGCGGAGGAUAGCCAGGCAGAGAAGAGCCGGAGAGGGCAGAAGAGAAAGAGGUUGCUGAGGGACAUGCCUGCCCCUGGGAAGCGCCGCUCAGCUAGGGUGCGCAACACAACAGUCAAGAAAAAAGAAGAAGAGGAGAUAGUAAACUAUACUGAGGUACUCCGCCAGUUCCUUCCCUCGACUCUCCUGGUCAGCGAUGACGAGGAGGAGGAUCUGCAACUCAAGAAGUCAGGGGAUAAGGAUUCUAAGGAAAUAGAUGUAAAGAGAGCGAGAGAAUCUCCAGUAAACGAGAGAGAUUCCUUCGGAGCCAUGGAAACAGAUGAUGUUCACAGUUUACUGGUAGAAUGUCAAGUGAACAAUGGCAUCAUCGAUGUGAUGAGCAGAUACCUGGAAAGACUGGUUGCCAAACAUGAUCUGAAGUGGCCUGAUGGAUUGGCCGCAGUGUAUCUGGAUGUGUACAAGAGAUUGAGAAAGCACAUCAGUCUCCCUGAAUUGCUCUGUUGUGAUGAAGACGAAAUAGUUGUACGUGAGAUGAGUAUGAUGUGCCUUCUAUCGGCGGAGUUCAACCUAGAUCAGUGUCUGUCUGCUAAGACUAACGGCAAUACGCCUGCCGCAUCACCAGCCAUGCUCGGUGCAAACACCACAACCUGCACCUACAAGUGGGGAGAGCACCAUGAAGAUGAUAUGAUGUACCUCCAGGAGCUCACCUUGAUGCAAUACAUGCUACCAGACCUGUGGCCAGUGAUACCGGCAAGAGUUUACUGGCUGAAGGCUCGAUAUUAUCGGCAAAUUGGAAAAACUGCUGAUGGAGAAGAUGCUUUUGAGAGGUGCAAGGAAGUGUUGAUGAGAGAGGAGGAGAGAAGGAAGGAGGAUAGACAGCGUGCAAAGAAAGGGAAAGUGGAAGAGGAAGAGAUGGAGACGGAUGAGACGGAUGGAGCCAAUGAACGGAGACCAGCUAAGGUGGCAGUGGCUAACAUCAAGCAUGGAGCUUUGAUAUCUAUAGCAAGCAUCACAUCCGAGGUGGAGUCCCUGCAGCGCUGCCAGAGCCUAGAGCAGCUCCAGCGUCUCCACGCCUCCGGUGACCACGGCAAGGUGGUGGAGCUACUCCGCCCGACCAUCAGACACACCCCUAGGCCUGUCCGCCCUGAGAACACACCCGAGAGGUGCUCUCAGCUACUACUACUCAUCCAGUCACAGAUGGAACUCAAGGAUGCCAAGGAGAGUAUAUUCUGCUGUGUCCUGGGUAUGGUCGAGACAUGGCAAGGUGUCCAGAGAGAAGGGAUGCAAGUCUUUCAUCAACUCUGGCUCGAAACACUCAACAAAACACUUACCCAUCUUCAAAAAGCGUUUGAGUCGUGUGAGAUCAGCUCCCUCGGUGUAGGAGGAACAGGAUUACUGAGGAAGGCAGUCAAUGUCCUAAUCAAGAUCAUUGAAUGGACCAUGUACCAGGCCGACGUCAAUGAAACGACCAAUGCAACGUCGGUCAUGCCAUGGGUUGUACUCUACCAUACCAUCAAGUAUGAGGAAGAUCACCUCGCAGCUAAAAGCCUGCCCUCGUCUGACCAUGAGGGUGAAGAGGGUAUUCAUUCACCGAGCACAGUCCCGAUGUUACCGUCGUCCCUCAUGCUGCUGGAGAACGCACAUGACUAUCUAGGAAGACAAACCUGGUGUUGUAACUGCGAUGGUGCCCUUCUGAAGCUCUACAUCCGCGUCCUGAGCACCGAACUGGGCAAGUACUCUGAAGACGAGAGACAUCCAUUCUUCAGUGACCUCAAGCACACUUUGGAACAGUGUUUCUUCUGUCUUUACGGACACCCUACCAAGAAGACCAAGACCAGACAUCUUCAGGACCACGGAGCUAUAGAGGUCCAACUCGACUGGUCCAACUGCUGCUACAUCUUCGACUACUUCAAGCCCAAGAUCUUCCCAGAGUUUGACAGCUACAAGACCAGCUCCAUGUCCGCUGAGCUGGAAGGCCUCUUGCUCAAGAUCUCUAAGGUCAUCCCGCAAGACGCAAGGCCUGAGAACGCUCUGGAACUGGUCCAGGGCUACGUUGACGGGAGCAACGAGAAUGCACCAGCGAUACCUGAAGGGUUCAUAGGUCCAAGCUCUGUGGUCAAGGAGCUCUACUAUCUGCUGGCUGACUUCCACUUCAAGAAUAAAGAUUUCGGGAAAGCGAUCAAGUUCUAUCUCCACGACCUAUGUGUAUCUCCAGAUCGCCUGGACAGCUGGGCAGGCAUGGCCCUAGCUCGUGUCGGACGACUGGAUCUCAAACUGAACAACUCUACUGACACCAAGAGCGAUGGACCGAUCUUCAAGCACGGAGUAGCAGCUCUGCGAUGCUUCAAGCGAGCUCUAGAGAUCGACGCUACAAACUAUGCCCUAUGGAUUGAGUAUGGUUCCUACGCUUACAUCCUCCAUUCACACGCCUCCAGACAAAUCAAGCAGAAGGAUCAAUUGAAGAUCAGUGAUGAAGACAUCACCUCUCUGAGCGUGAAACAAGCCGAGAUGCUAGAGCAGGCGGAGCACUGUUUCAGGCAAGCCUCGACGUGCGAGGGCGAAGGGGAUGAAGAAUGGCUCGUUCAUUAUAUGCUGGGCAAGGUGGCUGAAAAGAGACUUCUCAUGGAGGAGAGCUUACGUCAUUAUCUGAAGGCGAGUUAUCAUCUACAUGAAAGCGAGGCAAGAUACCCAAAGAAGAUCCCCUACCACAACCCAACAGACUUCUCGCUAGAAGCUUUGGAGAUGUACUUCAGGAUCCACUCAGCAAUCUUGAAGCUUGUCCAGUGCUCGCUACCAGGUACAAAGGUCAAGUUGGAUGCCUACGGAACACUAGAGGGCCUCGUCCAAGAAGCCGCACAGCUUCCCUUCGUCAGGGCCGAGGAGAAGAAGAGAGAACCGAGUAGUGAACCAUCAACUGAUACUGAGCAAGAUGCAAGGAUACGUCCUCCCAAGCCUGACACGCCUCCCAGCCUGGUACCAAAGAGACGUGGCAGCCCCAUCUAUGUUGCCACGCCUCAGGAUCACGACUACCUUCAUGAGAAAUACCGCAGAUCUAGGUCAAGUCAAGAGGAACCUACUACAGACACUGCUUCCGAGAGUGACAUUUUCUCUGGUGACGAGAGCAUGUCGUCCUUCCUCUCCGCCCAGCGGAGCACGAUUACGUUGCGCCCCGUCCCAGCCCGUCGUGCCCUAUCUGCGGCAGAGGCGCAAGCCGUUCCAACCACGCCCGAUGGAACGCCCUCUAUUGUAGGGAUGGGAGAGGACGGGAAGACAAGAGGUGAAGAUGGGAUGAGUGGAGGAGUUUCCGAUGCUAAACAGCCUGAAAAAGAUCAACCUGAAGGUAGAACAACCACUGAAGACAUCGUCGCUCCUUGUCAAGAUCCCAAGCUGGAGAUCCCUGCCAUAGUCGUCUCCAAACCAAGCCCUGAAGCGGAAGCUGCGACUGAAGGUAGCGAAUCCCCUGCAGAUAAGGACAAUGUCUCUAUGACCUCAGCGGAAGCUGCAACUGAAAGCAGCGAAUCCCCUGCAGAGAAGGACAAUGUCUCUAUGACCUCAGCGGAAGCUGCGACUGAAAGCAGCGAAUCCUCUGCAGAUAAGGACAAUGUCUCUAAGACCUCAGCUGAGGACAGGAAAGAAGUGACCGAGAAACCUGAUGAGCUCAGAGCUGAAGUGGAUCCGACUGUGGCCUCUGCGCCUCCUGAUGAUGGGGAACGUGGUGAUCCAGGACAAGCUGUCGUUAUGGACACCGAAGAUGCAGAGCAACCUAUUCCUGCUUCGAAAGGAGAAGAGAUAAAUCAAGAUGGUAGGGCGAAGACUGAUGUACAAUCCCCAGUUGCUAUGGAGAUGGAUGAAGCAGAUACUGCUGACCAGAAUGAAGCUGAGGAAUCCGUUGAUCGGAAUAGAGGAGGGAUAGAGGAGACGAAAGAAGUUCUGAGGAGGACCUUGGAGGGAAAUAUUUCGGAAGAGAAAAUGGAAAUUGGAUUGUCAGGAGAUAUCGUAGAACCAGAGGAAGGAGAUGAAGGAGGUAAAAGGGGAAACCAAGAGAAUCUGGAGAUCAUCAAAGGAGGAGGAGAAGAUGGAGGACAAGGAGAAGUCAAAGAAGCAGAUAAUGCAGAAGAAUUGACACUACUGCAGAAGCCUAGUGUUGAUGGAUCCAAAGAAGAUAAAAAUAAGAAGGCUGAAGUCGUAGAUGAUGCAGACAAAUUCCUUCCAGGAGAGAUGGAAGUUGAUCAAGGUACUGUCCUUGCGCAGGGUCAGAUGAAGGCUGGCGUGCAGAAAACUCAACCUAAAGACAUAGAAAAGAAUCAAAGGAAAGAAGAAGAGCCACAAGACAUUGCAAAAGAACCAAUGUCCCUCAUUUCCGAUGAGAAGAAGGAAGGGGAGAUUGCAGAGCUUGGUUCCAAGGAAACAUUGUACAGUGAUGCCCCAACUCUGGAGUCUAUCUCUCAAGUUGGAGAGAUCCAAGAAGACCUUUUAGUAUUACCAAGUCUUGAGAAAGAGGUACUGCCUAUGGUAGAUACAAGGUCAAAGGAAGCAGAUUCCAUCAUGGAUGAGGAAAUGGUAGACAAAUCAGGAGCGGAUGAUGCACCACCAAGCAACAGUACCCAGAGUGGAACCAAUGAUGAGAAACAGAUCCAAGGUCAUAAAUUGGAUGAAAGUAAAGUAGAAAGCCAAAAACAAAGUAGUCACACAGUAGAUGGUGAUCUUUCAGAGGAUGGAGGAAGCGCUGAGGGUGUCUUACACCUUGACGGAGGUCCAGAUGGCAAGCCAAAGGAUGGUGAUUCUGAGAGAGUGGAACAGGAUAGUCCUGCAGGAGAUGGCAAAGGCCACAAAGGCGAAGUUCCUGAACAGGAGGAGAUGAAAGUUAAAGAUGAGAGCGAAGCGGCUGCACAAGAAAGGGCGGAAGUCAAGAUGGACACCAGCAUCCAAGGGAAGGGUGCUGCAGUCCAAAACAAAGAGGAUGAUACCACAAAGAUCCCUGUCAUUACAGAAGGACUGGGAACUGGAAGCAAUGUAGGAACAAGCUUGGAGAUGAAGGAUGAGGGCAAAGAGAAAGACGAUGCAGUCACCAAGAAGGAGGAGGAGGCAGGCGAAGAGCCUGGACAAAUGACAGAAGGAAAGACUGAUGGAGAGACUGUGGUUGAGGUGGAUGAGGAGACCAAGAAGAGACACCUGGAGCUGAUCAAUGUUUGUCUUGGUGCCAUGAAGCUCUGCCUUCAGAGGUUCCCACAGCAUUACAAGGCAGCUUACAGAAUGGCUUACCUCUAUGCCUACGCCCCAACCCACAAGAACUUGGCCUGGAGUAAGGACAUCCUGAUAGGUGGUAGCAGUGGUUACCCUCCCAAGACUCCCACAGACCACAUCGUUGCACCGGGUCUCUUCUCCGAACAGCAUAAGAGCAAGAACCUCUUCCAAGGGAUCUGGAGGAACCCUAUCCAAGACAUUGAUCGAUCUGGUAGUUUUCCAUGGCACAUGUAUCGCUCUGUGGCCCUUCUGGUGUACAUUCUGAGGGAGCUCAAAGACCACAUUCUCCUGCUUCAGGUCACCUCUAAACUCUACCGCAUUCCAGAGCAGGGAAAGAAAUACCUGAGAGAUGCAGACCGUCUUUUCUUGGCUCGCGAAGCGUUUGAUUCUUACAGGAGCACCAUCCGAUCGCGGCUCGUCGUCUCGCCAUCAGGAACAGCGGAGGAAAGUCUUGGACUCGUGCUGUCUUCCUUUCGAUGCUACCAGUACACCCAAUCAAAGCAACCCAAGCUCACAUCUCUAGCGUCGGAGCUCCUGAUCACAGCGUUUAAAGUGCUGAAAGGCAGUUCAAUCGAGUCCGAGCCAGCCUUGUUAGACCAAGCCGCACGGUUCUGUGAUCAUCACAUCUCCUUUAACAAGCUACCAAGAACUCCAACCGACAGUGAAGGCAUGCUACCCAGGGGCUAUCACAGAGACUCGCCUUCCAGCUCCUCCUCAGCUAGACCUGGACUAUCUUCAGAGGGUAGGAGACCCGUCGGGUGGUCCACCUCGUCUGGCUCCGACCAGGGCGGGCUAGGUGAGCCAUCGGAGCAAGACGGAAAGACGGCAGGGAGAGGAGAAGCGAUGGAAGCUACCGAGAGUGGGUCGAGAGAGAUGAAGUCACCUGCAGAGGGCAGUGUGCUUAUGUCGUCGGGAAAGACGUCUGUGGACACUCCUGCGCAAGAGAGUGUGAGGAGUAGUGUAGAAAGGGGAGGCAAGGAAGGCGGGUCCUCGCAGGGUGAGGAGUCGAAGGUCGUGUCGCCAUUACGAACGCAGGAGGAGGGUGGUUCCAGGAGGGCGGAAGGAAGCGGAUCGGGGAUGCCAGAGAUCGGUGUGAAGCGAAAGCUUCCCCAGAUGGAAAGCACCAGCGAGAAUAUUGCAAGUAUAGUCCAAGAAGCGGCGAGGCAGUAUGAAAAGACAGAGGCACAACGGAGAGAGAGGCUGGAGAACAGUUCCCCUGGAGUUCCGCAAGCGAAACGCUUUGCUGGGGGCAGCCCUGAGCCUCCCAGUAGCAAGGUCACCUGUGAGCCCACCUCAAGGGUUCAUAUUGGAGCUUUGGGCUCGGUGACGACGACUCCUAGACAAGUGCCUCAUCAUCAGCGGCCCAUUUCUUUACCUGGGACAAGCAAGCAUGCUGUGUCAUCAGCUUAUUCUGGAAGUAUGUCAUCGAAAAUGGGCGUUGUGAAGAAAAUGGUUGGUCCAUCUCCUCAUGGUGUAUCGAGAGACCCUUCAAAAUGGUCUCAGGCAGCAGUCAGCGAACCUUCUUCUAUCCAAAGUCCACUAUCGCCAACUGGCCCACUAUCACCAGCUGGCACAGGAUCCUUUGCGGGCAGUUUCCAGAAGUUCCUGAAGACCCAGCAGCAGCACUUAAGUUCCAUUGUCAAAACAUUCAACGUCCCCAGUCCUGAAUCGUCUGUGAGACACAAUCCUGCUCCGGCUAUCAGCAAGGUCAUGGGGUCAGGGUCGUUGCUAGGUCAGGUUGGUAUCGGGUCGGUUACUCCAAAGGUGAGGCAAACUCCUGGUACAAGCGUUGCUGGAGUUCGACCCAAACUUCCAGUUGCUCCCAGCCGUGCUCCUGCAAGUCACAGCAGCAGUCAACGGCUUCCUCUAAAGCCACCUACUGGAAUCUCGCAAGUCGCCAAGAUCACAUCUUCCACUCCCUCUGCGCCAGGAGUCAGGCAGGGGUCAAAGGCCGGAGGUCACAGAGAGCAACUAGCUGCCAGGAGGGAGCACUCCUCACUGGUUCAAGCUCAGCCCGCCAUACUGUCAACAGGAAAUGUCGGUGGUAGUGGCAGUAAUUCUCAAGAAGCUUCUAAAAGGUUGAUCCAAGCUGGUAGCUCCACUGCUUCAGAGAGGCCGCAGGGUACGGGAGAGGACCUUCUAUCCAUAAUUGACAGUACGGAAGAGAAAAGGACCUAGUGCCAGUACUGUAUAUUUUUUUGCCAGUGCAAACCACCACUCUUUGGGCGUUGUUUGAAGCCUUGCAGACUUUCUUACCAAGUCAAAAUUUGUGUAUUACCACAUUUUUUGCAAUAUUUCAUUGUUGUACAUGUUGCUUCUUGCGUACACUUCCAUGUACAAUGGAAACUAAUUGUUACAGAGAGCUCUGUUAAUAUGUAAUCAAUUCAGCCCUAAAAAUUGUGUUGCAAAAGAGAUAUGACAAGUAACCCAAUAUAACAAGGUACAUUUUGCUAGUCCCAGUUCUUGCGUAUUACAAUGUUUUUUUGAGGUUUUGGGGUUGUUAAAGAAAUAUAAAAAAGACACCGGAUAUAAGAAUAUUAUUUUCAUGGUCCCCAAUGUCCUCAUUGCAACCAAUUUCCACUGCAAAGUGAUACGGAUUGAGUUUUUUGAACAGCAAUGUUUAACUGCUGUGUAUUAUUUUGUAUUGAUUGCGACUGUUGGUCGAUAAGUACAUGCGUUUUGCAUUUAAUGCAUCAAGUGCCAAAAAGGGAAAGUUGGUGAAGGGGAUGGGGGGGGGGGGAGAGGGUGGGAGCCCAUUUGUAAAAUGAAAUCAGUGAGCAAUAAAAUUGUCUUUGUAGUUUGUA